UCGCGAGGCCUGGGGACCCGGCGACGUCGGAGGCUCUGCCACCGACUGAGGCGGUGGCCCCCACCCCCGCACUGCUGACGCGCCCCCGAAUCCCUUCCGGCUCACAUUCUAGCCCCUAGUUCUGCUGGGUGCGGUGCAGCGGCGGCCGAGGCAGCAGAGACGAGGAGAGCAGGUCCACACCUCUGCUUCCCCAAUCAGGAGUCACCAAGAUGCCCAUCCUCGAAAAAACGCCCCCUAAGAUGGCAGCAAAAAGUCCCAACAGUGAGGAGGAACCUGGGCUGCCCAAACUCCCCGUGCCCCCGCUGCAGCAGACCCUGGCCACCUACCUGCGGUGCAUGCAGCACCUGGUGCCUGAGGAGCAAUUCAGGAGGAGCCAGGCCAUCGUGCAGCGGUUUGGGGCUCCUGGUGGCCUCGGUGAGACCCUGCAGCAGAAGCUCCUGGAACGGCGGGAGAAGACAGCCAACUGGGUGUCUGAGUACUGGCUGAAUGACAUGUAUCUCAAUAACCGACUGGCCCUGCCUGUCAACUCCAGCCCAGCUGUGAUCUUUGCCCGGCAGCACUUCCAAGAUACCAGUGACCAGCUAAGGUUUGCAGCCAACCUCAUCUCCGGUGUGCUCAGCUACAAGGCCCUGCUGGACAGCCACUCCAUCCCGACUGACUGUGCCAAGGGCCAGCUGUCAGGGCAGCAGCUCUGUAUGAAGCAGUACUACGGGCUCUUCUCCUCCUACCGGCUCCCCGGCCACACCCAGGACACGCUGGUGGCCCAGAAGAGCAGUGUCAUGCCGGAGCCUGAGCACGUCAUCGUGGCCUGCUGCAACCAGUUCUUUGUCUUGGAUGUUGUGAUUAAUUUCCGCCGUCUCAGUGAGGGGGAUCUGUUCACUCAGUUGAGAAAGAUAGUCAGAAUGGCUUCCAACGAGGAUGAACGCUUACCUCCAAUCGGCCUGCUGACGUCAGACGGGAGGAGCGAGUGGGCUGAGGCCAGGACGGUCCUCGUGAAAGACUCCACCAACAGGGACUCUCUGGAUAUGAUCGAGCGCUGCAUCUGCCUGGUGUGCCUGGAUGCCCCAGGAGGCAUGGAGCUCAGCGACACCAACAGGGCGCUCCAGCUCCUCCACGGCGGAGGCUGCAGCAAGAAUGGGGCCAACCGCUGGUACGACAAGUCCCUGCAGUUUGUGGUGGGACGAGACGGCACCUGUGGCGUGGUGUGCGAACACUCCCCUUUCGACGGCAUCGUCCUGGUGCAAUGCACAGAGCAUCUGCUCAAGCACAUGGUGAAGACCAGCAAGAAAAUGGUCCGAGCCGACUCAGUCAGCGAGCUCCCAGCACCCAGGAGACUGAGGUGGAAAUGUUCUCCGGAAAUUCAAGGCCUCUUAGCCUCCUCGGCAGAAAAACUUCAACAAAUAGUAAAGAAUCUCGACUUCACCGUUUAUAAAUUUGAUGACUAUGGGAAAACAUUCAUUAAGCAGCAGAAAUGCAGCCCCGAUGCCUUUAUUCAGGUGGCCCUCCAGCUGGCCUUCUAUAGGCUCCACAGGAGACUCGUGCCCACCUACGAGAGCGCGUCCAUCCGUCGGUUCCGCGAGGGACGGGUGGACAACAUUCGAUCAGCCACUCUGGAGGUGCUGCGUUUUGUGAAAACCAUCACUGACCACACGGCCACCGUGCCGGAUUCAGAGAAGCUACUGCUCCUGAAGGAUGCCAUCCGAGCCCAGACCGAGUACACAGUCAUGGCCAUAACAGGGAUGGCCAUUGACAACCACCUGCUGGGGCUGCAGGAGCUGGCUCGGGAAGUGUGCAAGGAACUGCCCGAGAUGUUCACGGAUGAAACAUACCUGAUGAGCAACCGGUUUGUCCUCUCCACCAGCCAGGUGCCCACCACCAUGGAGAUGUUUUGCUGCUAUGGUCCUGUGGUACCUAAUGGCUACGGCGCCUGCUACAACCCCCAGCCAGAGAGCAUCCUUUUCUGCAUCUCCAGCUUCCAUGGCUGCAAAGAGACCUCUUCAACCAAGUUUGCAAAAGCUGUGGAAGAAAGCCUCAUUGAAAUGAGAGGCCUCUGCAGUCGGCCACCGUGUGCCACGGGCAAGCCACUGGUGACAAAGAAAAAAGUAACAAGGCCCAGCCAGGGGCACCAACCUUAACUGCUGCCACUAGGUCUCACCUCCUCAAACCCAGCAUUCUGCAGCUGCCACACCCUGCCGAACCCCUG